AUGAGACUUAUCAUUCGCGACGACUCCGAAACUGCUAGCUCCUAUGUAGCUAAUUACAUCAUCGAGAGAAUCCGACAUUUCAAUCCCACUCCGGCACAUCCCUUCGUACUUGGUCUACCUACAGGUUCAAGUCCUCUUGGUGUAUACAGGAUCUUAGUUGAGCAAUACAAGGCUGGGAAUAUCUCUUUCGAAAAUGUCGUCACUUUCAACAUGGAUGAGUAUGUCGGCAUUCCUCGAGACCACCCGGAAAGCUACCACUCCUUCAUGUGGAAGCAUUUCUUCUCCCACGUUAACGUAAACCCAAACAACGUACACAUACUCAACGGCAACGCACCAAACCUCGAAGCGGAAUGCGUCGAAUAUGAGGCCAAGAUUAAGCGGGCUGGUGGUAUCGACUUAUUCUUGGGUGGAAUUGGUGAAGAUGGUCACAUCGCCUUCAAUGAACCCGGCUCCAGUCUAGCCUCAAGAACCCGCGUUAAGACCCUAGCUUAUGAUACUAUUCUCGCCAAUUCCCGUUUCUUCGGCAACGAUAUCGCCCAAGUCCCUAAGAUGGCCUUGACGGUCGGUGUUCAAACGGUUCUUGAGGCGAGGGAAGUCGUCGUCAUUAUCCUCGGUGCUCGCAAGGCUCUCGCUCUGCAAAGGUGCAUCGAGCAGGGUGUUAACCACAUGUGGACGCUUUCAAGUCUUCAGCUGCACCCCCACCCCAUGAUAGUGUGUGACGAGGACGCUACAUUAGAGCUGCAAGUGAAGACCGUUAAGUACUUCAAGAGUAUCGAACAAGUUGCAAGGCAACAAGGCUUUGAGCAGAUCCUCCCGUCAAGCAUUCGGACCGGGCCAGGCCCAGUGCCCAAGACUAUGGUCGAAGAAGUUCAGUCCCCUACCAUCCUCCACCCGCAACCUAUGACGUCUCGUUUAUUGCUCGCAACACCAGCUGCGGAGUAUCCAGUCCGCUCAGUAUCUCCGGACCUAGUGCCGGACCGAAUGGCGGACCGCGUCGGAAUACCAGAUAUUUCGAGGAGGUUAACCCCUCAACCCGAGCACCAACAACAGCGGUUAGCUAGUGUCGGAGCGUAA